AGUCGCGGACCGGGGCUGCUCCAGCUGCCGGUGGCGGUGGCCGCACCUCCUGCACCGAGCGCCGAGCGGGCGGCGGCGUCGCGCGGGACGGGAGGAGCGGUCCCCCGGGGCCAGAAUGGUUGCCUGGGAAAGACAGCACUGCUGUGUUGGCAGAAUACAGCAAAUUUUACUGCGAUUCAGGAUUGCUUUCCCAGUCCUUCUAUUUCAUUUAUUCUUGGCUGCAGCAGACAGAGGUCAGGAGGAUUUUCUAGGACUAUAUAAAGCGGUCUUUAAGACUGAAUGUGAAGAUCCUUGGAUUAUGUCACCAAGAAUUUCUCUGCUUUCUUUGAAAGAAUUCACUGUCUGCGUGCACCUCAAGCUAAAUUCCUCCAGUAGUCCCUGGACAGCGUAUGUAUACAAUCAAGAAGCAACUAACAGCAAUCCCUCUGCAAAUAAGCAUGACCUUGGACUUAGUGGAGAUCAUGGUAACUUGAGGAUCUGGUUGUUUGGAAAUCAAAUAAAUAUGACAGAGAUGAUGCUUCAAGAAAAUAUCUGGCACCAAAUAUGUACCCAGUGGAAAAGUGAAGAUAAGGAAGUGAAGUUAUUCAUAAAUGGAAAAAAAAGAGCAAACGAAAAACUAAAUGAAAAAAUGUCUCUCCCUGGAAAAGGGCAGUUCUUACUUGGCUGCUCAAAACUGCCAGGUACAGCUACAUCACCUAACCAGGGUAUGACUGGGGAGCUGUACAUGUUCAGAAUGUGGGAUAAAGCAAAUAUAAAUCUUGCUAAGCACUGCAGAGAUGGUAGUAUUGUACGCUGGAGAAAGGAGGAUUGGAUGUUCAAUAAGACAAUAGAAGAGGACAGCUCUUUGCCAUGUGUUACGGAAGAAACCACCAGACCUGCAGAAGCAUCAACUGCAACAACCAUUUCUGAAUCCUCUAUUGUUACUUUUAUCACCUAUCCUAUUAUUCUCUCAGAGAUGACUUCAGAUGAUACUGCAGAAAGUACAGAAACUCCUGACAUCACUGACUAUUACUCCACUAUAACACCAGCUGGAGAAACCAUUUUAUGCAACGUAUCAUCUGUUUGUAAUUACUCAGUGUUCUAUGUGGGCGAGGUAGAAUUUCAUUCAAGAAAAGAAAAUAACACAUCACUAAAUAUAGAAGUAAUUAAUAACAAAACUAUUGACAAUCAAGUUUCAAGCUUUAUUCCAAUUACAGCCUCAACCCUACAAGAACUGAGAAUAUCAGAGCUCAACAAAACCUUGCAAGAAAUGAGUGAGUCAUCUGUUAUGGAAUGCAGUUCAGAAAACCAGAGUACACAUUGCAAGUUCAUAAUAAAGCUGGAUAAGAAAGAGAACAUAAGCACUUUAGAAGAGAAAGAAGAAAUAGGCAAAAUUCAACAGUGCUGUUGUUCAUCACUGAAGUAUUGUUCCUUGUCUGCUGAAGAAUUAAAAAUGUAUAUUAUAGAAUUGCCGCCGCAUCCCAUAUGGUUUCCGUCCUCUCAUUCUCCUCCUCCCCAUGAAAAGACUGCUAUCUCUUCCCUCAAAUCUAGUGCUGUAGUUUCUGCAGAACGAACACCCACAAUUAGAUCACUGAUCCCCCCAUUCAAAGAAAAUUCAUUUUCUGAAACUCUCUCCACAUCUUCCACUGCAAAUCCUCUCUCUGAAACUUCUACCGCUGCAACUUCUUUGUCUUCCACUACUGAUACCACUACAUAUUCCUCUACUGAGUUUCUUGCUCAGCAUAGCAUGGCAACUUUUCCCUCCAUAGCUUCUAAAAAAUCUGUCACUACAAUUCUCUCUUCCACACCUGCAACAAAAUCUAUUUCUAAUGUUGCUCUCUCAAUUAAAUCUGAUGCUACAUAUAUUAGCAAGCCUAUCACAAUCAUUUCUCCUGCUGUAAAUUUCACUAAACCUACUGCUGUUUCCCCUUCUGAGCUUCCUCCCAAACCUCCAAUAGCAAUUCCACCUUUUGAAACUACCACCAGCUCUGUUGCACAAAUUCCUCUUGCUACAGAUUCAACCCAACCUAUUUCUGAUAACAAGAACGUUACUGCAGCACCUAUUUUUCCCCUUACUCCUUUCUCAACAACCCCUACUGUUAGUCCUGUCAAACAUUCUGUCUCAGCUUCUCAUCCUCAUUCUACUGCCGAUGGCCAUGGUAGCCUGCCUAACGGAAGCACAGGAAGGAUACUGUCAGCUACCACAUACACAACUUCCACAUAUACCACCAUUAAUGUCACCACAGCUGAGCAAAUAGUAUCCAAAAUAGAAAAAGAUUUAACAGCUGGAAAAGUAGAGUCAAAAGAUGUAGAACGGAUGGUGAGUGAGGUUAGCAGAGUCCUGACAGCUUCUCAACAAUUACCACCCCAAAUUUCUAACAGAAUUAUAAAAGUAGUGGAUUAUAUUGGCUUAAAACUGAACUUUUCAGCAAUGUCUGCUGAUUUUUCCUCCCCAUCCUUGGCUCUGGCAGUUGUCAAAACCAAUAGCAUCCGCUCCAACCAAAUGUCUUUUGCUGUCCAGGAUUCAUCUGAUCUCCAGAUCUCUCUUGGCUCUAAUGCAAUUCAUGACUUGAAUAAUCUUGGAUCAAUUACCCUUCCUUCAUCAUUGCUCAAAAACUUACCUCCUGAAGAGCUGGACUUGGCUUCUAGAAUUAUUUUCAAUUUCUUUAAAAAAACUACUGUGUUCCAGGAUCUGUCCUUGAAGAAUGCAUCUUUAAUCAGCAGUGUUAUAUCAUCAAGUGUUGCUAACCUCACAAUUAGCAACCUAAAGGCAAAUGUGACUGUUACUUUACAAAAUAUCAGACCUAAUCAGGAUAAUUCAACAGUUAGAUGUGUUUUUUGGGACUUCAAUAAAAAUGGUGGACAUGGAGGCUGGUCAUAUGAAGGUUGCAUUGUUAAAGAAAGUAGAGUAAAUGAAACAGUUUGUUCAUGCAACCACCUCACAAGCUUUGCAGUUUUGAUGAAUUUGUAUGGAAAUACUCCUUUAAGUCCCACACAAGAACUGGUACUGACUUUUAUAUCCUAUAUAGGCUGUGGCCUGUCUGCAAUUUUUCUUUCUAUUACUCUAGUGACUUACAUAGCUUUUGAGAAAAUCCGGAGAGACUAUCCAUCCAAAAUAUUAAUCCAGCUGUGUGCCGCAUUACUUCUACUCAACCUAGUUUUCCUCCUUGACUCAUGGAUUGCGUUGUAUAACACACGAGGGCUGUGCAUUGCAGUUGCUGUAUUUCUUCACUAUUUUCUCUUGGUUUCCUUUACCUGGAUGGGCCUAGAAGCCUUUCACAUGUAUCUUGCACUUGUGAAAGUCUUUAAUACCUACGUACGGAAAUACAUUCUUAAGUUUUGCAUCGUUGGUUGGGGGUUACCAGCAGUAGUUGUGGCUAUUGUGUUGGCAGUAUCACCAGAUAAUUAUGGACUUAUAUCCACUGGGAGGGUUUCAAAAACCAGACCUGAUGAAUUCUGCUGGAUUAAAAAUAGAAUUGUCUUCUAUAUUACUGCUGUGGGAUACUUCUGUGUGAUAUUCCUGAUCAAUAUCAGCAUGUUCAUUGUUGUGCUGAUCCAGCUGUGUCGCAUUAAAAAGAAAAAACAACUUGGUGCUCAGAGAAAAACAAGCAUUCAAGACCUUCGGAGUGUUGCUGGCCUUACAUUUUUGUUGGGAAUUACUUGGGGAUUUGCUUUCUUCACAGUAAAUGAGGUUUUUACCUACCUCUUUACCAUCUUCAACACUUUGCAAGGGUUCUUCAUUUUCAUCUUCUAUUGUGUAACAAAGGAGAAUGUCCGGAAGCAGUGGAGAAGAUAUCUGUGCUGUGGAAAAUUCAGGCUAGCUGAAAACUCUGACUGGAGCAGAACUGCUACUAAUGGUUUAAAGAAGCAGACUGUAAACCAAGGGGUAUCCAGUUCUUCCAAUUCCUUGCAGUCAAACAGUAACUCCACUAAUUCUACAACAGUGCUAAUGAAUAAUGAUUAUUCAGUGCAUGCAAAUGGAAAUGGCCAUCUUUCCAGUGAGAAGAAUGGUGUUUCCUUCAGUGUGCAGAAUGGUGAUGUGUGUCUUCAAGACUUUUCAGGCAAACACCUUGUAUUUCAAGAAAAGGAUGACACUGGCAGCCAAAAUAGCCGUAUCUCACUUAGAAGGACUUCAAAGAGGGGAAGCCUACCUUCCACUGAGAAAAUGUGAUUUCCUUAUGAACAGAACACUGUUUUACAGUAUGAAGUAGAGAUUUACUUCAGCAGUUUUACAUAAUGUGAGAAGACCAAAGACUGAUCGUAUUUAAUAUGUUGUCCUGAAACUUGCAAGCAGCCACGUAAUGGCUUGACAAAGACAAUUAUUAAUUGGGAAACAAAAUGGGGAGGAAGCUCCUGUUCUGACAAGGUAUUUUGGAUGUCGAAUUACAGCUGGCACAUUUCUGUUUUGAUUCCUCAUUUGAGAUUUGUGAGGAUUUUUACGCUUAAAGGAAAGUUUUGUUUAGACCUUUUUCAGUACAACUAAGUAUCUGGAUAUAAUGCAUAGUAGUAACGUAUAAAUGUAGGAAAUUACAACGUGUAUGUUACCUUUAAAAACGUUAGCUAUGCUGUCUUCAACUUUUUGUAUGUUAGAGCUGCAGAUUAGUGCUGUACAUAAGGAGGAGAAUGCCAGCCUUUAAAUAUCUUAGUGACAGUUUUGUAUUUAUUUCUUGUAAUAUAAACUUAAAUAUUCUUUUGUAUAGAAAAACAAUUGAUAUUUUGUUUUAACUUUUACUGUACUUUGCAUUUGUCUUUAAUUGAAAUAAUUAACGGAAUGAUACAGAAGUUAAUGUGUUCAGUUAGUGAAAUCACUUACUGUGGUUUCCCAGAGACAGAACUGUACAUGUGAAUACCGUUACUUUUUAACCCUAAGUGUCCUCUUUCACUGCAACACAGAGAGAAACUGCACGUCAUCAAAGUAGAGCGCUAAGAAUGAGGGAGUGAUAAAGUCACCUGUAAGUUAUUAAACGUAGCUGAGUUAUCUUAGUGGCUGGACUAAGUCAGUGGGAGCUUUUGCCGUUGAUUUCACCAGGUUCAAUAUUUUAUCUUGAGUUCCACAUAUUAAACACACUGCCAUUUCUCAUCUGCAGUGAUUAAAAAAAAAAAAGUGUUAUUUUUUUUUUAAAUAAAAUAAAUACGGAAAGUAAUGCUAGCUGUUAUAUGUAGUAGCCUAGUAAAUGGUUUGUUUUGUUGUGUGGCUGUUUUUAAGGGGCAGCUCUUGAGCAGUUACAAUCAAUUUCUGCUUGUAUUUUGGUCCUUUCUUGGCAAACCAAAUUCUGAGGCCCCACCUCAGUUAAUUCCUGAAUCAUCAUUUAAUUCCCUCUGUGAUAUUUCUCUGAAAAAGGUGGAUUUUUGGCUCCUCAUAUGCAGCAGUUGGAAGAAAAUAGAACCAUACGGCACUGUGAAGAUUUCUGAACAGUGUGAGCACAGGUUGUGCGUGUUUCUUAGACAAGUGUGCAGCUGUGACCAUUGCUUUUGCUCCGUGGGUUCUUGCAGAAAGGUUGGAUACUGCCAGAGAAAAGCCAGUGCCAUGUUGCAGAGUGCCAAUGCCUGGAGAGGGGCUUUUUAAGGCAGAUGCACACUGGAGGGGAGAAAAGGGUUCUGCUUUCCCAGAGGACUCAGUAGGGAUCCCUGGAAACACUUCUCAACAAAAUACAUUGGUGAAACACCUUUCUGGGGCUCUGGCUUGGUUGUUGAACCUCCGCACUACUAAACACUCAUGCGGUUCUAAAUGCAAUGCCUGGAUUCUUUUGGUCACCUAUGUCUGAGACAGAAUACGACUUUAAAGUGAGAGUUCAAAGCAUUUGUUGUGUUUAUCCACAAGGUUUUAACUGCAUGUUAAUAAAAGAAGGUACUGGAAUGCUAGUAGCUAGAAAGCUUUUCUGUGAAUGCUUUAACUGUUGGCGAAUUGCCUUUGCACUGUUUCUUGUAAAUGUAUUUAAUGUUCUUGUAUUUAUAUUUUCAACUGUAAAAAAACCAAACAAUAAAUUUACAGCAAGUAAACACAAAAUACAUAAA